UUAGAUGAAUUGUAUCAACCGGAUUACUGAACAGGAAGAAGAGCACCAGGAUACGUCAGCAAAUAACAACAUUACCCGUGUGUGGGUGAGAAAUGGCUACUGGAGUGGAUCAAGCGGCUGGCAUGAGUCUUGUUGUCUUCAGCCUCGUGCUGUUCACGUACUACUCUGUCUGGGUCAUCAUCCUGCCUUUCGUGGACAGCGAUCACUUCCUGCACAAGUAUUUUCUUCCUCGGGAGUACUCAGUCAUUCUGCCUGGAAUCGCAGCAGUAAUACUGCUCAUCUGUAUAGGAGCCUUCACCGUUGUCAUCAUGUGGAAGAAUCGCAAGCCAAAAAAAGCGGACUAAUGUUGUAAAACAUCAGCUUCUUGCACCUUACAACUAAAAUCCAGCCCUAUUUUGUAAUAAAUACUCCUCAUCAUCACUUUUACAAGUAUUUUUGUUCAGAGGAAAGUUUGCUGGUCUUAAUUCUGCAUUUUAAGAAAUCAGCUUUGGUGGCCCCAAGUGGCAUCAUUGAAUGCACUUCUCUUAAGACCAUUUGGCAGUUUCUCGACAUUUUUAAGGUAUUGCUGCGUGGACAAAUGAGACAAGAAAUUAUGUUUGGAGGGAAAAAGGCACCAAAACCGCAUCAUGACUGUGAAGCAAGUUGGAGGGUGGAGCCACCUUGAGGUCCUGGACACCUUUACACUCAGUGAGAGAUCAAUGAUUAUAAAACGUUACAAAGACAUUUUCAAGUGAACAUCAAAGCAGGAGUUCAUGAGCAAAAGCUUUUGAGAGGUGGGGUGAUGCAACCCAGCAAUAACUCAAAGACGCCAAUGAAUAAAGUCCAGGGAUGUUGUGGUAGGACCUGAAAGGGGCUGUUUGAUAGGAGGAAUUGUUCUGAAAUCCUCUUCAUCAUUGUGCAAGUCUCAUACGAAGUUACAGGAAAUGCCAAAGUCCUUAUAGAAGCAAUUCUGACCCCUCAGCAGCUCCCCCGAAACACCUUCGAGCACUUACUUGGGCAAAAAUUGAAAUAAAGUUUAAAAAGACGACCCUCUAAUCUGUUCAUUUGUAUUUCUGUGCACAGUUUUCCAUUGUUUUUGUCAUGUUCCUGAACAUAGUUUUUCAUCUGUCUACUAGUAUAUGUAUUUGUACAUACAAAAUUAUUAUUUUCACUUAAAAGUUGGAAAAGUCUGCAUGUGGAGGCUGGAGCAGUAGGUGGUGGAGCUGCUCACACACACUCAAGUUUGAGUCCCACAUGUCACAGAUUUUACAAUGAAUUUUAAAUAUUUGAAUGAUUUAAAUGCAUUAAUUAUCAUUUGAAACCACUUGGUUUCAGUUA